AUGGCAUCGAGGAUUGCUGCUAGAUAUAUCUCGCGCAGGUUCUCUAGCGGUGGCAAAGUCCUUAGUGAGGAGGAGAAGGCUGCAGAAAAUGUCUAUAUCAAGAAAAAGGAACAAGAGAAGUUGGAGAAGCUUGCUCGUAAGGGUCCCAAAGCAGAUGAAGCACCCGCAACUAGCGCCGGAGGCUCGGGAUCUGUAGCUGAUGCUAAGCCGAGUGCUGGGCAGUCAUCCUCGGCUCCUAAUGUGUCAACCGACAAAGACAAGAACUAUGCUGUGGCUGCCGGUAUUUUUACUAUUGCUGCUGCCUUUGGGUGGUAUUGGGCUUCAAGGAAGAAACAACCUGAGGAGGUCCAGGAUUGA